GAAAAAACCUGUUCCCACUUCAUCUGGAUGGGCACGUCUCAUGCGUGCGGCGCGUUGCGUGGGGUCUUCUUGCCGCAGUUUCAGCAACCUUGUCGUGGUAGACGAGCGAAUCUUUCAGUUCGAGAAGAAGUUCACUGGAGCGUUGAAGGACACUGCCUGGUCUCACACCCUUCAGCUCUGGUCGGAGCUUGCAGCGACAGGACUACUGCCCUCUGGCGCCUGCUGCAGCGCCGCGCUCACCACGCUGUCGCGGUCCCUGCGCUGGCGCCAGGCGCUGCACCUCUUCGCCGGCAUCCAGGGGGAGCGCAGCAGGAACUGCUGCAAUGCCGCCGUGGCGGCACUGGCCAAGGGCGGUCACUGGCAAGGCGCCUUGCACGUCGUGCGGCAGAUGGGCGCCGAGCUAGAGCAGCCGAAGCACGCCUCGGGUGCUGCAUGGGCACCGCGAAAGGCGUGGCCGGCGCCCGACGCUGUGUCCUUCGGGGCUGCUUCAGACGCGUGCGCUCGGGCGCUGCGCUGGGAUGUGUCUCUUUUGCUUUUGAAGGAAUCUCCGAGCCUUUUCAGCCUCACCAGCUGCAUCGCUGCUCAGGACAAGGCCAGCCAGUGGCAGCACGCCUUGUCGUUGCUUGCCUGGGCGGAAGAUCGGAAUCUGAAACCCAGCGCUGCGGUUCUCAACGCAGUGCUGGGCGCCUACGGCACCGGUGCCAUGUGGGCCCAAGCCUUGGAGCUCCUGGCACAGAUGCGGCAGGUCCGGCGCCCAACGCCAUCUCGCUGAACACCGCGCUGCGCGGCCUUUCGCAUGUCAGCCAAUGGACCUUGGCGCUAGCUACUUUCGAGCUCUUCAAGGAGCAGGGGCUGAAGCCAUCUAACAUCUCGUACACCAGCCUGAUGACGGCUCUAGCCAAUGCGGAGCUGUGGCAGCAGGCGCUGCAGCAGCUGAAGUCCCACGCCGCGCCCGACGUGGUGGCCUUCAACGCCGCCCUCACGGCAGCCAGCCGUUCUACUCUUCCAGCAGUUGCUCUUUCGCUGUUGAAGGAGCUCAAGCUUUGCGGUUUGCAGCCGCAGGUGACGUCCUACAACAUAGCUCUGAGCUGCCAGCCCUGGGCUGAAGCGCUGCGGCUACUAGAUGAGAUGCCGUUCCCUGGGGACCACGUCACCUAUCGGGUGGCUCUGGAGGUGCUGGCGCAGGCGCCGCUGGAGCUGGCGUUGAGUUUCCACCGCGACUCCGUGGAUGCUGGCCUUGCUCUUGGCCCAAGACAGGUCACAGAUCUCCAUGGCCUGUCACUGGAGGCGGCGCGAGUGCAGGUUUGCGCAGACCUCUUGCACGCUGCGCUGCAAGGCGCUGUGGAUCGCUCGUACAUCGUGGGCUUGGGCCGCGGCAGUGACAGUGGCGAGGCCGUCUUGGGGCCCGAGCUCCUGAGCUUCCUCCGGGCCUUGCAACUGGAGGUUCGGGAGACGAGUGGGCGGCUCCAUGUGAAUGGCCGGCAGUUGCAGCAGUGGGCAAACGCAUGCGUCGAUUGCUCCUGGACGCGUUUUGCCAAGCGCAAGACAGACACCGCAGACUUGCGAUAUCGGGACACGGUCUCCAAGGUGUACUUGAGAAAUUUCUGGACGCAUGUGAACGAGCUCAUCGUGAGCGAUCGAUCGAUGCGGCGGCUGCGCGCUCUGGGCCUCGGCCUCGCGCUGUGGCUGGGCCUCACGGGCCUCAGCGACCCCGCGGCGGUGGCCACGGCGGCGGCGGGCGACGAGUUGUUGAUCUACGGCGCCGGCUACUUGGGCCGGCGCGUGGCAAAGCUUUGGCAGCAGCAGCGGCCCGGCGCGAAGGUCACCUGCGCCACGCGGACGGCGGCGUCGCAUCCGCAGCUCGCCGCUGAGGGCUGGGAGGCGCUGACCACGGAUGAGCUGAGCGGCGGAACCCGCCGCUUCGCCCAGGUGGUGUUUUGUGCUCCUCCCAGCAGGUCAGACGAUUAUGGCGCGGCUGUGAGAGCUGCAAUGGGACUUUUGGAAGAGCAUGGCGCUGCAGUCUUCACUUCCUCUGCUGGUGUAUUUGCAGAGGACUCGGGCGGCACAGUGGAUGAGUCCGGCGCGGUGGGCGACAGCCCGGCCAACCAGCGGAUGCUUUCCGCGGAGAAGGCGGCGGAGGGCGCGGCGGUGCUCAGGCUGGCAGGGCUCUACGACCUGGAUCGGGGGCCUCAUGCGUACUGGCUCAAAACGGGCGUGGUGACGGGCCAGCCAGACGGUCUGAUCAACUUGGUGCACUAUGACGACGCCGCCUCCGCGGUGGUGCAGGCGCUGCAGGCCAAGAGCCGCGAGGUCUUCGUGGUGGCGGAUGGGGUGCCGCUGAGCCGGCGCGGCAUCUGCGAGGCGGCGGCCAAGGCGAAGCACUUCGGGGCGGCGAUGCCGAGCUUCAAGGCCGGGGAGUGGGAGAUGGGCGGCACCGGCGGCAAGCGCUUGGACGCCUCGAAGGCGCGGCGUGUCCUCGGCUGGCGACCGCAGUUUCCGUCCUUCGCAGAGUACAUGGCAGCACACUGA